AUGUCUUCUCUACAGUUGGAAAAGUACCUUGAUCUCCUGCCUGAGAAUACCCUUCUCAGCGCUGGAAUCGCCAUCGCAGGCCUCAGCGCAGCCUAUGCUAUUGGCCUGGUCAUCUACCGCCUUUAUCUGUCUCCCAUCUCCAAGUUCCCAGGUCCCAAGAUCGCUGCAGCAACCUUCUGGUACGAGCUGUACUACGAUGUUAUCCACAAGGGACAGUAUUUCCACAAGAUUGAGGAGAUGCACGCAAAGUAUGGCCCGAUUGUAAGGAUCAACCCCCACGAGCUGUCCAUCCGCGACCCCGACUACUACGAUGAGCUCUACGUCUCUGGCUCUGUCCGCCCCAGCGACCGUUAUGAGGGUUUCGUCAACGGUGUCGUCGACUUCGAGGGCUCCCACUUGGCCACUGUGGCCCACGAGCUUCACCGCAAGAGGAGAAAGCCUCUCGACCCUUACUUCUCCCGCGCUGGCAUCAACAGGCUGGAGCCCAUGGUCGCCGAUCUCACCGAGGAACUCGUUGUCAAGCGUUUCGAAGAGUUCAAGGGCACUGGCAAGGUCGUCAGGCUCGACCACGCCUUCACUGCCUACUCUGGAGAUAUCAUCAGUGCUCUCUGCAUCGAUGAGCCACCCCACUUCACCUCCACCCCCGACUUCACUCCCAGCUGGUUCGAUCUCUUCCACAGCGGUGUCGUUACUCUCCCUCUCUUCAUGGGUCUUCCUUGGCUCAUUCACCUCAUCCGUCUUAUCCCUGAGUCUGUCCUCGCUGUCAUUGACCCCGGUGCGCAGAACUGGAACACCUUCCGAAUGAUGUGCUAUGACAGCAUCAAGGACACCAAGCGUGAGAAGGGUGCCCAGCCCACCAAGGACACCUCGCUUCUUGGCCGCCCUACCCUCUUCCGUCACCUUGUCAACAGCGAUCUCCCCGCCUCCGAACUUUCCGAUGAGCGUCUCCUCCGCGAGGCUCAGGUCCUCAUUGGCUCCGGCACCAUGACCACCGCUGGUACCAUGUGUUUCCUUGUCUACUACAUCAAGUCCAACCCCGAGAUCCACCGCCGUCUGACCGAAGAGCUCAAGCCCAUCAUGGAGGGAUACCCCCACAAGAAGCCUUCUUGGGCCGAGAUUGAAAAGGCUGAGUACCUCCAAGCCGUUCUCAAGGAAGGUCUUCGUCUCAGCUUCGGUACUAUCCACCGCCGCCCACGUGUCUCCCCCAACCAGCCCCUGCAGUUCAAGGAGUGGGUCAUCCCCGCCGGUGUCCCCGUCGGCAUGUCCGCCUACUUCCAGCACACAGACCCCAAGAUCUUCCCCAACCCCCACGAGUUCAACCCAGACAGGUGGCUCAGCAACGUCACUCCCGCCAUGAAGAAGAACUACAUUCCCUUCUCCAAGGGUUCCCGCCACUGCCUCGGAAUGAACCUUGCCUACUGCGAACUCAACUACAUCAUCGCCACCAUGUUCCGUCCUGGUGCCGUCGACUUCGACCUCUUUGAGACUACCGAGUUGGAUGUUAAGCCCGCCCACGACAUGGUUGUUCCUCUGCCCAGUCUCAAGUCCAAGGGCUUCAAGGUCAAGUUCAACUAG